UGAGAGGGACAGAAGCUCUGCUGCAGAGCCCAGCACCUCUCUCACAUAGCAGGAGAGAGAGAGAGGGAGGAAGCCUGUGCCAAUGUUCUCUACUGCUCCAGUGCAGCAGGGAUGUGAUAUUUCAAGAAUCUUAAUUGUGUGGCUGAGAGACAGAAGAACACCCUCAGCACAGGAAGCAUUUGAAGAGAAAGGGGGGCGAACAACAAGACAGAAGACUAAAGAGAGUGAUGUAGUGAUUCCUCUUGCUCUGAUUACAGGAGUAGUCCAAACACGGGGGCACUUUCAGUCGAAUGGAGCACAGAGAUGAGAUACAUGGCUAACAGCAGUGAGCUGUGAGCCAGGAGUCGUCCGUCCGCCGCCAGGAUGUGAGAUUGAUGGUGUGACAACAAAAAGACCGUCAUCGUGCUCCACCGCUGCAAUUAAAGUUGUUCCUAAAGAGAGGCGGCGUUACACAGCUGAGCUCCGUCGCAAGAGACAACACACAUUUCCAUUUUUUUCAUGUGUAGAUUGUUGUCGACAUGAUAAAGCCUUCUACUUUGGCUGAGGUUUGCAUACUGGUGACUGUGAUGUGUUUGAAGCACCCGCUACCAUCUGCACACACACCCUGACAGUCUUCAUAUCUCAAGUCUUAAAACCUCCUCCAAUCUGCUCCUGUGAGCCUGUAAAGAUUAUGAGACCAAUGUUGAUGCUUUUACAGUCACAGUGUCUCCUGUGUGUGUUUGUUGGGGUGUGCAUGCCCGGAGCGGUGGCCUCGCUACCUCAAGCUCUGCCAUGGCGCGUCCCCUGUCCGGAAAGGUGUGUGUGUCACAUCAAGCCGUGGUUCUCACCUGACUCUGUCUACCAUGAAGCUCCUACUGUGGACUGCAAUGACCAGCUGCUGACCACUCUGCCCCGGCCGUUGCCACUAAACACACACACCUUGCACCUGCAGGGGAACAAUCUGUCCCAGCUGGACGCCGCAGCGCUGCAUGGGCUCCCCAACCUCACUGACCUUGACCUUUCCCAGAAUCACUUCAACUGUGUCAGGGCGAUAAUGCAAAACUUGGCGCUGUCCUCCCUGCUGUCUCUACACCUGGAGGAAAACCAUCUCAGCCACCUCCCAGAGGCCUCCUUCUCCUCGCUGCCGGCUUUGCAGGAGCUCUUUCUCAGCCAUAACGACUUAAGCUCUAUUGCACCCGGAGCCUUCUCUGGUCUCAACUCCCUGCUGCGUCUGCACAUCAACAACAACAAGCUCACCACCGUCGAUUCAAGGUGGUUUGGAGCUCUGCAGCACCUACAAGUUCUCAUGCUUGGAGGAAACCCUGUUGAGACCCUGCCUGAGAAGGGCUUCUUGGCCUUGAGGUCCCUCCGUAGUCUUGUUCUUGGUGGUAUGGGCUUACGAGGCUUGGCUGAUAAUGCUCUGGAUGGGUUGGAGUGUCUGGAGAGCCUCUCCUUCUAUGACAACCUUCUCACCAAGGUUCCUACUCAGGCUCUUCGGAAGGUAAAAGGACUGAAGUUUCUCGACCUGAACAAGAACCGCAUAAAACUGAUCGAAACAGGAGAUUUUAAAGACAUGUCCCAUCUAAAGGAGCUUGGUCUGAACAACAUGGAGGAGCUAAUGUCCAUUGAGAAGGCGUCGCUAGAGAACCUCCCUGAGCUCACCAAACUGGAAAUCACCAACAACCCACGGCUGUCCUUCAUUCACCCGCAGGCUUUCUUCCAGCUGAGCAGGCUUGAGAGUCUCAUGCUGAACUCCAACUCUCUGAGUGCUCUGCACCAUCACAUCAUGCUCUCCCUGCCCAGGCUCCAGGAGGUCAGCCUGCACGCCAACCCACUCCGCUGUGACUGCCUCUUCCACUGGGCCGCACAGGAUGUUUCCCGCCCUCACAGGAACACACCAGCAAAGACCAAUCGGCAAACAUCUCGAGUGGUACGCUUCAUUCAACCACAGGCGACUCUGUGCUCGGAACCCCGAGAACUGAAGGCCCGCAGGGUGAGAGAUGUGUCCUCCAGGGAGAUGUCGGCCCUGUGCCUCCCUACAAUCCCCACUGCCUCCCUCCCCUCCAGCGUAGGGGUCAGAGAAGGAGGAAAGCUGCUUUUGCACUGUCGAGCUCUUGCAGAUCCUCAUCCUCAGCUUUACUGGGUCACUCCUUCAGGGUUGAGACUUGGACCUGCGCCUAGCAACACACCGGCGGGAUCAGCAGCUUCUUCUCCUGCAGGAUUCAACUCCUCAUCUGCCUCCAGCCGGGCUGUGGGUGAUACCUCCUCCAAACGCUACAACCUCUGGCCCGAGGGAACUCUGGAGAUCCGAAAGGUCACCCCAAGAGAGGCGGGCUUGUAUACGUGCAUAGCUGAGAAUGCUCUGGGGGCAGAUACACGCAGUGUUACUGUGGCUGUGCGCGGCAGGGUGAAGACAAGAAAGAGGAUGGUGGGUUCCAACCUCAAGGGUCAGUCAUUACUCACAGCUGAUUCCAAAUUGGAGUUGGUGGAGGUUGGAGCUCACUUUGCUGUUUUGUCCUGGCAAAGUAGACGCAAUUUCCCCUCCACUCGUUUGUCCUGGCAAGCUAUUAGCUCAGAUGCACACACUCCUGCUUUCACCACACGCAUCCUUGCAGGCACACGCAGCUUCAACCUGACCCACCUGCAGGCAGAGACAUUUUACAGAGUGUGUUUACAUUUGGGAACCAGUGAGGGCGCCAAGCAUGCCAGCAGGAGAAGCCGAGCCAGCAGGAAACCACAGUGCAUCUCAUUCAGGACCAACAAGGCAGCAGAGCCUCGGGCCAGCCUGCAGCUCAGCCCCGAGCUGACGUCCUCUGCGGCGACACUUCUCAUGAUCCUUGUGCUCAUACUGAUGCUGCUGGCCGGCCAGGGAUGGGAAAACGGAAAGCGCAAUGGCGCUCUUUUCCAUGAAAUCAAAAGCCAUAAGGCACUGAUCAUCAUGCAGAAGACAGGAGGAAGCAACAAGAAGCAGCCAAAGCAGAGUGAGAAACUAUUGUUCCAUCACGAUUGCUGAGAUCAUCAAGACACACAUGAUAAACACAUGAAUAAUACACAGUAUGUCACUUUGUGAAGAGUCGCAGUGGUGUGGGAAAGAUUUGUAUUUAUUUUAUAUAAAGUAUGUACAGUAUAAUUGACAUUGUUCCAGUGUUGAGACACAUUGUAAAGGAUUCUUCAACCCCAACCAGGUGGAUUUAAACAAUGGCACUCACACAGUGAAUGAAUCAGAAAUAAAGGAGCUGCUUGUGGCUGCUGGGCUAAAAAUAAAGAAUAGCAUAUUCAAUCAAGGGACUACGUGUUUAAAGAAGAGAGCAGCUCAGGCUUCAGGGUGUUUGUUACAUUUCAUGUCUUUAAUGUUUCAUAGACUGAACCAUAAUGUAUCCAAGCAGAUGAAACAAUGUCUAUAGACUGAUUCAAAAAGAAAAAAAAAAAAGACUUCUGGUUUUGUUCUCGUACGUCAAAGUGAUUGAUGCUUAGCACUCAGUAUCUUGGACUGGAUUGUACACUUCUAUCCACGACUAUUCAUAUCGCUAUACAGGACUCCUCGCCUAACAUCCUCUUUCAGCAUUGAAUUAAUCUCUAAGUGAUUGUGUCAAAUUCUAUUUUGAGCUAUUAUAAAAUAAAUCUUUUUAAUUUAACUGUUGCUCCUCUCAUUUAUUACCGUCGUGAUGUAGCUUUUCCCAUAUUUCUUGUUGGGUGCGACCUAAAACGCAGCAGUGAAAAGGUACACGCAGGCAGCUUUUCAUAUUAAAAUAUCCCAGGUAAAUGUGAGUACUUACGACCUUCUAAAUAUGUUUUUUUAACGUUAUUAGAGCCCUUUAGACAUGCACUGACACCCAUAUAGUCACCUUUACACUCAUAUUACCCAAUAUAGUGGACAUAAAUUGAAUAAAUAAGCAAUUUAAGACAUAAAUAAGACUCAUGCUCGUGUGUGUUGCCAUAAAUGUGUUCUCUGGGGAGCUGAGUGGCGGGUGGACAGGAAGUGACGUUGGGGUUCAGAGUUGAGUUUCAGCUCGGCCCUCGGUUAUGGCCGCAAAAGUACCCUGAGUUUUUAUUAGGGAUUAUUGUGCCUGUCGUGAGAUAAUUAAAACCUUUUGUUAGAAGCCUUUUGUUCCAGAGAUCAAAUCUGGCGGAUGUCUCAUCGAACAUUCAAGUGACAUUACUGACACCUAGUGACCAGUGUCGAAUACUACAUAUCAUUUGCAGUGUCUUUGAGUCUUCUGAAUGCCUUAUAUUUGUGUUUUAGUUCAUUUUGUCAUUUUUAUGCUUGAAAAUGCUUAGUUUAGGCAAAAAACACAUAAAAUGUGCUUCAAUAUGCUUACUAAUAAUAGGCCAUAUUCAACCACAAAACAGCAUGAUUUAUUUAUUUAUAUGUUUUUGACAAACCAUGAUAGUGAAGCCACGAAAUUCGAACCACGGUGUGGCGAGGGACGACAUGUACAUGUUUGCUUCCUCUCCAGGGCCCCCCAUCGCGUAAAAUAUUUUUUUUAUGCUGUUAUAACAGUAAUACGUGUUCCUGGAGCCUUUUUAUGAGCACCAAACAAAACAAUUUAUCUUCUCCCUCACUUGUUUGCUCCACUUUUGAGAAAGGAGACGCUCAGACAGUCGCAUUUGAGGUUCCACACAUUAUUACCAUCAUUAAGGAAAACUCUCCUCUCCGUCUUCAUAGACAUGAUACCUCUGACCCAUCCCUAGCUGUAUGAGCCCAGCCCAUGUUUACGCCCAUCACUUCACAGAGGACAACUUUGUAAAAAAUCUUAAAAUAAAGCCUGUCAGUCAGUUACAGCCAUUGGUGCUGUAAGUUUGAUCAUUUUGUUUUUCUUCAGCCAACAGGCUAAUGAUGUUGCAGUUUAAAAUGCGAGUGUAGCUCUUAAAGCUAUGCUAGUAUUGCU